CAAUCACGACAGACAGACGGAGGCCAACCUGUGACGGUUUGAACGCCAGGCUGAGGGCUGGGGUUUUCUCCUGCAGGAUUGCACGAGGCUGGCUUGGACAGGGCAAGGCGGCGGCUGCGGGCACAGAGCGGAGAUGCGGCGGCUCCGGGGCACCCUACUGUGCCUGCUGCUGGCGGCGGCGUUGCCCACGGCCCCCGCGCCCGCUCUGACGGCGACCUCGACUCCCGUCGAGCCCGGCCCGGCUCUCAGCUACCCGCAGGAGGAGGCCACCCUCAACGAGAUGUUCCGCGAGGUUGAGGAACUGAUGGAGGACACGCAGCACAAACUGCGCAGCGCGGUGGAGGAGAUGGAGGCAGAGGAAGCUGCUGCUAAAACGUCAUCAGAAGUGAACCUGGCAAGCUUACCUCCCAGCUAUCACAAUGAAACCAACACAGACACCAAGAUUGGAAACAAUACCAUCCAUAUGCACCGAGAAAUUCACAAGAUAACCAACAACCAGACUGGACAGACCGUGUUUUCAGAGACCGUUAUCACAUCUGUGGGAGACGAGGAAGGCAAAAGGAGCCAUGAGUGCAUCAUUGACGAGGACUGUGGGCCCGGCAAGUACUGCCAGUUUGCCAGCUUCCAGUACACCUGCCAGCCCUGCCGGGCCCAGCAGACGCUCUGCACCCGGGACAGCGAGUGCUGUGCAGACCAGCUGUGCGUCUGGGGUCACUGCACCAAAAUGGCCAGCAGAGGCAGCAACGGGACCAUCUGUGACAACCAGAGGGACUGCCAGCCUGGGCUGUGCUGUGCCUUCCAGAGAGGCCUGCUGUUCCCUGUGUGCACACCCCUGCCCGUGGAGGGUGAGCUCUGCCACGACCCCGCCAGCCGGCUCCUGGACCUUAUCACCUGGGAACUGGAGCCUGAUGGAGCUUUGGACCGAUGCCCGUGUGCCAGUGGCCUCCUCUGCCAGCCCCACAGGCUGCCAUGUUCACAGCGCGCUCUGCCGUCUCUGCCAGCCACAGCCUGGUGUACGUGUGCAUGCCGGCCUUUGUCGGGAGCCACGGCCAAGAUGGGGACAGCCUGCUGCCCAGGGACGCCCCCGAUGAGUACGGAGAUGACGGCUUCAUGGAGGAGGUGCGCCAGGAGCUGGAGACCCUGGAGAGGAGCCUGGCCGAGGAGAUGGCGCUCGGGGAGCCUGCCGCCACCGAGCUGCUGGCAGGGGGAGAGAUUUAGGUCCGGACCCGGGCCGCGGGUAGAUGUGCAAUAGAAGUAGCUAAUUUAUUUCCCCAGGGGUGCCCUCUAGGUGUGGACUGACCAGGAUUUUGUCUGCGUCCUCUUCCCAGUAAAUUUUCCCUCUGGCUUGACUAAAGGAGGUGCUGUGCGUUUGUCCAGCUCCCCAGACUGUUCUCCAGGUGUCACGGCUCGGGUGCUUGGGCGGGGUGAGGGCAGGACUGGCUGCUGGACCUGGUCCCGAUCACUGGCCGCUUUGCCCCGACCGGGUGGCAGACGGCACAUUUUGUCCUGCAUCGCUUUGAGAAUUGUUUAAGAGCAGGGGACGGAAGCACGUGGCGUCUCCUCAUGAUGGGUUUGGGCAAGUGUGGAGAAGAGUGCCCUGCUUUGCUAACAUCAACCUGGCAAAAAUGCAACAAAUGAAUUUUUCACGCCAUUCUUUCCAUGGGCUGCCGUCAGCUGUUGCCGAUGAAAUGUUCUGCUCGCUCCACAUUACAUGCAUUCAUACGUUCUGCAGUUUACUCAGCUCCUACCUCUGUGCCUGGGCGUUUUCAUAUGUACCAUCGAUUCAUUCUUGCCUGGGGAGGGGGCCAUUGUUCUCCUCGUCCAUCGGGGAUCUCAGGGGCUCAGAGACAGCAAGCUGCUUGCCCAAGUCACACAGCAAGUGAAGACCAGAGCCCAUUUCCCCCAGGUGUGACUCCAAGCUCAAUGCUGUCCUCCCUACCACCUCACCCUAGCCUCAGUGCCACCAAAAGUACCCCCCUAAAAAUGGAGGAGAAUGGGAUUUCUCUUGUUUUGAGGCACAUCUGGAAUUAAGGUCAAACUAUUAAUAGUUCCCACAUCCUUCUAAGAUUAAACUUCUACUGUUAGAAACAGCGGUGUUCUCACUGGUGUGGGGCGGCUGUCAUUCCAGUGGAGACAAAUGGUGUGGACACUGUCCCCCUUUCGCAGUUGCAUUAGUAACUUUGAAGGUACAUGGUUGGAGCACAGGAUAUAAGUUAACUUGCAGAAGCAGCACUUAGGUAACUGCAGGGCCAGGAUUAUACAUGAAAUUUGCAAAAUCACUUAGCAGCAACUGAAGACCGUUAUUAACUACACGGAGAACAUUAAACAAGACAGGCUCUAUGAAAUAUGGUUGUAAUAUCCAA